AAGAGGGUAAUAUUGGAAAAAACUUUAUCUAUCCACCGGGUAGACUACCCACCCCUAAUUGAGAGUGUAAUAAGGAGUGAUAGUGGAAUCCAACUAAAUUUUAUUAAUUAUUUUUUAUUAACUUUAUUAGUAAUGGGUUAUCUACCCAGUGGGUUGAUGUAGCAAUGUCCGGUAAUAUUAUGUGUUAUCAUAGGGUUGAGGAAGGCUAUAAUUGGGUGAACAUAGCUGCACUGAAAAAAUUCGAAAGCAUUACCCCACCCCUCAUACCAAAUUACAUGUUUCAAAAAUGGUUUCUUGUUUCCCUUUCCAACACAAUCAUCUCAUACCAAACAUGCCUUAAGAGUUAAGGGGGUGAAUUUAUGUAAGUUACAAACCAAAGACAUAAAUCCACUUUAAAAUGUACUUCUGAGAUGAAUUUGGAAAACGCUCUUGGGUGUAAUUAUUACACCAUAGUUUAUGGUGUAACAACUUAGAAACCAUCGCUUCUUUUGUAAAAGGAAACUCAAAUGACAUGAAAUAAAUGACAUGAUGACAUGAAAUUCAGGUCAUUAUUUGUAUUGUCCAUGUCAUUCUUAUUGGAGUAUGUGUCAUUAUACAUGUUAUAAAAUAAGUUACAAAGACGCACUCAAAUCUUUUGUAAUAAUAUAAGCUAUGGAUUAUUCCAGAGUAAUUUUAACUAUGAGUAAUGCCUUCUUAAAUAAUUUCAAGUCGGUCAAAAAUUUGUAGUAUAUAUUAUGUCAUUUUUCUCUUCCCCUAGUCUCUAGUGUAACUAGCUUAAAGAUUCAUUACUAUGAGACUUCUUUUAAUCAGUUUAUUGUUCCAGGUUACAAAAUUAUUUUGACCCUUAAAUUUUGAUUAAUUACUCCCUCCGUCCUAUAAUGUAGUGCUUGUUUCUUUCUAACACGGUCUUCAAGACGUAACUUUGACCUUUAAUAUCUUCAAUUUCGUAUUAAUAAAUUAUAUAAAAGUUGAUAUAAUGAAACUACACAUUGAGACGAAUCUAACAAAAUUCCACAUGAAUAUGUUUUCUUAUCUCUAUUCUAUAUGGGAAGAGGGGUAGGACACCAAAAUAUUAGAAAUCCCAUUUUACCCUCAUUACAUCUCUAUUUUAACUACCUACUUUAAUUUAAAAUAAAAAAAAUAAAAAGGAAACUACCUAAUUAAUUUAAAAAUUUAAAAAAAGACAUUUCAAAAAAAAAGACCAUCAACAAUUCAAAUACCCCUAAUUUUAGAUAUAAUAAAAAUUUAAUUUAAUUUUCUACAUCCACUAAAAAAAUUAAUUUUCUACGUAUUUUCGCACGCAUUGUGUGCAUAUAAAAACUAGUAUAUACAAAUGAGAAUAUUCGGUCAAAGAUUUUAAAGUUUGACCUACCAAAAAUGAAGUAGGCACUAUAUUAUGGAACGGAGGGAGUAUGACACAAUCUAUGAUUGAAAUCAUUACGAAAGAUCCGACCAUAAUUAAAGUAUACCAGGGAGCUUUUUUCAAAAGGAUGAAACUAUUGAUCACUACAGGAUAUGCAUGCAGUCUGGGUAUGCUUUCUUUACAUCACAAGUUCAUAAUAUAGUAUAUGACUUACUAAGGGACAUAAAAAGAAAAGCCCAACAUUUCUCUAAAGAAGAUGCACUAACUCAUCUUUUUAUCUUCAUCUAUAAGGAAUCGUACUUCAUCCUUUCAGAAAAUUAACCAAUUCAAUAAUCAAAUUCACUUUGUAUGAAAAACAGAGCAAAGUUCCACAUAUUCUACAAUAAAGUACUAAAAAAACAAGCACUCAAAUUAAAGUUGAAUGGACCAUGCAUAUAUAUAUGUAAUAAGAUGAAUAAAAUCAAAGUCACAUAACAACUAAAGUUCAUAUCUUUGAAUUUUAAGAUAAUGUAUGUUACAAGGGGUCUAUCAUUGUACAGGAAAGACCCAAGUUCUUUAUCAAUUAGGCCACCAGAUUAUGCACCAAAUACUGGUGUUUUAGUUAUAACUGAUGAUGCAACAGAAGAAGAAGAUACUUAUUGUUGGGGUUCUUGUGAUUAUAAGAGGCUUAAAACUUUACCUUUUCCUCAAAACAAGAUCUUGUCAAUUGUUCAUUCAUCAGAUGUAAGAAAUUCAAAUGUUACUAAAGUUUGGUUUCUUCCAGUUGUUGCUGAACCUCUAUCUGCUCAUAGGUACUAUAUCAUCCGCGCCAAAGGCCAUCACAAAGGGAAAGCAUGCACAAGUUCAAAAAAGUCAGACAUAUGCUUCUGCUGCUACACAGACUUUAUAAACGAUAUAAAGCCAAGGCAAUUUGAUUAUAGAGACAUCUACCAACAGUUUGAGAUCCGUCGUUACCAUGGUGGUGGCUUCUACGCCAAGUCUGUUGCUUAUGAUGGUGUUCCUCCACGAUUCUUACGUAAGAAAGGGUGGGAGGUUCGUGUUCAUCGUUCGAUUCGAGGAAAUUUAGGUGAUGCAUUAGGCCUUGAUGAGUCUGUUCAAGCAUCUCUCCCUCCACCUCCAUCAUAUCCUCCACCACCACAAAAUCAACACAACGCGGUUGUUACUGGACGAUGGUAUUGUCCUUUCUUGUUUCUCAGGGAAGAGGCCAAGUUAUGGCGACAUAGGAAGAAAUCCAUGUUCUACGAGGUCACCUUGGAGCAAUAUUGGGAAGAGAUAUACAAGCGAGACAAUAGGGGCAAUGAAGAAGAUGAUGCCAUUGUUAUUGACGCGUUGGUAAAAAGAGAAGAGGCUUUCGUCUAUGGCACAGAAGCCAUGAUAGAAGUGAAUCCUAUGCUAGGAUUUGUUUGUUUCACAGUGCCUAGCACUUUGGGCAAUGGAAGUAAGGUAAGAUUAGUGAUGGGGUUAGCGGUGUUCGAAGCCAUGAAAGGCAUACAAAUUGAAAGAGGAUGGAUGGAAAAUCAAGAACAUGAUGUAAGAGUGGAGAGAGUUGAAGAGAUUGGAAGGAGUAGAAGAGAUAAUAUGGGAUGGAAAAGAUUUGGGUGCUAUGUUUUGGUGGAGAGCUUUCUUGUUAGGAGAAUUGAUGGGAUUUUGAUAAUGAAAUACAAUUUCAAGCAUACACAUAAGAUUCAAUGUAAAUGGGAUUGACUUGUAACAUUUCAUUUUGUAAGAAUAAUGUCCUUAGUGUACUUUUUUAUUUGGGCCUUCACUGGGAAUCUGUUGGUAGAAAAAAAGACCCUAUUAGACCAACACCCCGCUCAGGUCAGCCAGCCCAGCUAGUGUACAUAGAGUGAUAAGAGUUUGAUUUUCCUUUAUAAUGUAUACAUAUGCAUGCAUGUUUGAUUUAGACAAUUUUUUACUUA